AGUUUUGAGGGGCUUCUGGGAGAGAAACAUGGCGUCACCUUGCGUGCGGCUGUCUGUGAAAAGGUUCUUUGAGAUGUCAGUGGCGCCAGGGUGCCUGAAUCGAGCUUACAGCACUUCGCAGAGCUUUGCUAAGGUGCUGCGGCUGCCGAAGAGACAGCUGACAAAGCUAGUGUACCCACUGCAGGAACUUGAACUGUACCUCGACCCGGACGCGAGGCCUGAUCUGCACCUAAGGAUCUUUGACCCUAGCCUAGAAGACAUCGCGAGAGCGGAGAAUUUCUUCGCUGCCACCGCCAAGAACCGCAUCGAGUAUCUGAGCUCUGCCGUCCGUCUCAGCCACGCCCCGGACUCCUCUCGGCCGGAAGUGUGUUUCAUAGGCAGAAGCAAUGUUGGAAAAUCUUCACUGAUAAAGGCUUUAUUUUCACUUGCUCCAGAGGUUGAAGUCAGAGUCUCCAAAACACCGGGACACACAAAGAAAAUGAAUUUUUUCAAAGUUGGAAAAUAUUUCAUAUUGGUGGAUAUGCCAGGUUACGGCUAUAGAGCACCUGAAGAUUUUGUUGACAUGGUAGAGACCUAUCUAAAAGAAAGAAGAAAUUUGAAGAGAACAUUUUUACUAGUAGAUAGUGUUGUUGGAAUUACAGAAAAAGACAAAAUUGCCAUAGAAAUGUGUGAAGAAUUUGCAUUACCAUAUGUGAUGGUAUUGACAAAAAUUGAUAAAUCUUCCAAAGGACAUCUUUUAAAACAAAUACUUCAGAUCCAGAACUUUGUUAACACAAAAACACAAGGAUGUUUCCCUCAAUUGUUUCCUGUAAGUGCUCUGAACUAUUCCGGAAUCCAUCUGUUGAAAUGCUUUAUAGUAAAUAUAAUAGGAAAUCUAAAUGACUCCAACUUCAGAUGAAGUUCCAAAAUUCUUUGUGCCAAUUCGAGUUAAAAAUUAAAUAACUGGAAGAAUUUCAGUAUUAUUUUAAAUGCUGUUUCUAAAUUUUGCACAGGGAUCACUUGAGCUUUAAGACGUGCAACUGCGCAAAGCAAGUUGAAUUUGUGCCUGGGAAGCGGGUGUAAGUAACUGGAUUAUGCUGUUUAUUGUAACAGAUACUAGUUGGUUUUCCUAUUUUAAUAAACUGACAAGCACAUAAAAAAAGAAAAAACCUAUGAUUACUAUGUAGAGAAAGGUUUGUCACAUUAUUUAUUGGACUUUUAUCUUGAAAAUGUACAAGUAAAAUGCUGUUUUGUAAAAUUAAAAUGGACAAGUAAAAAGCUGUUUCUUUGUGAAAGAAUGAGGUUUAAAAAAUGAGGUAAGUUGAAGAAUAAAAGCUCAUCUGUAUGCCUAUUAAUCAUUUUUAAUCCUUAUUUAAAUGUUAAAAGAAUUAUUUUUUAAAAAAGAAUUAUUCUUGAUAAAAUUUGUUGGUUUGUGAAUCAACAAAUUGAUUAUUUGUUAGAAAUACCAUUUGUUUCACACUGGAAUCAUUCACCUUCAGGUGUACACAGGACUUGGAUUGGGAAGAUCAGAAGUGGGAAGACCAAGUUUUAAAAAACAGGUUAUAUAUACUGCUGUUUUAUUUAACCUGAGUGCCUAAUACUACUUUUAUCCUUUAUCCAAGAUGCUCAAGAAGCAUUUUAAAUUGUGGAAUGAGUAUCAGCCGAGGCUUUGCUGAUUGAGCAUCCCAAAUCUAAAACUCUGAUAUUAGAAAUGUUCCAAAAUCUGUAACUUUUUGAGCAGUCUGCCGGUCUUCAAAGUUUCAGAUUUUAGAUCUGGAGAUUAAAAACUACUGAAAACAGGAUGUUUGACAAGGCUUUAGGAGAGAAGCUAAACCGCUUUUCAUGUUAACUCUGGAUUUUGAGCCCCUUACAAUCAAAAUCACCUGCCCUUCUUAUUAAAAUAAACAUGCAGACUUUUACUCCCACCCUCUAGUCUGUAUUCACCAGUCUCUGGGAAGAGGCUAGGAAUCUGUUUUGAAACUGCUGACCAGGUGACUAACCCUCUGUUCCAGUUCAAGAACCAUGGGAAUAAGGAAAAUAUAAAACAUAGGCAGAAAGGGCAAAGACAAAGAUUGCCAAAGAAAAGGAAAUCACUUUAUAUACUAGAGUACUAUUUUCUGUAAGUCUGUAACAACAAAAUUUAAGACAACUAUUACAGAAGCUUAUUUAUGUAAUUCUGAGUUAGAACAUUUUGAAAACAUAUUAAAUGUAUCCUCCUCAUAUAAGGUAAAUAAAUUAAGAGGAUAUGGUUGUAACCAGUCUCUGGUAAUAUAAUUAGUAACAAAACUUGAGUUCUUGUGAUGAUAGCACCCAUCAGAAGCUACAAACACUGGUAUUCCUGGGUGGACCUAUUGUGAUGGUGCCAGUGAAACCAAAGCCACCCUCUGGAGUGUCUCCUUGCUACUCCCCACCUCACUCCCUGUUUAAGGCACAGGCUUUUGGCAAACUCAAUUAUUAGGUCUUAAUUGACUGAUAAAUUACAAAAUUUCAAUUUUUCAGGGACCUGCUAGUUUCAAGGAAUUACUCAUUCUGUGACACACUUUAUAUCUUAGCAUCAGACACACAGUCAAAGCCAAAGAAAUACUUGGUGAUGAAAUGAUACAAAGCUACUGCAUAUGUUUAUUGAACUGAAAUGAACUCUUGUGGAAUGCUGCAUGGAAGCACUUCCUCUCUGAGCCUAAGCAGUAGUAUUUCAAGAUCUCAGCAGCUCCACUUAAAACAGCACAACAGUGGACCAGUUUCUUAACACUUAAAAAUCUCAUAUAUGAACAUCUACACUCCCAUUAAAGCAAAAAUGUCAUCAAUGUCAUCUGUCUCUUUAACAGGUCCUGGCAUAUUUUGUUUAUUUAUCUUCAUCUUUGUCCAUGAAUUAGUUUGACUUUCACUGCUUCCUGUAAGACUUCCAUGAAUCUGAUUCUCCUUAGUUUGUGUGGCAGGCUUGUUAGUCAGCGGCUGCUUAUUGUUACGGCAGCAAUCAGUUCUCUGAACUGUGCCGUGUGAGAGACUCCACUUAGUACCGCUGUCCACAGCACUCUUGAGAGGUUCUUGAGGGAACUGCUGAAUUUCCUUUAAAAGGGUUGACUGCCACUUUCUUUGUGGUUUCCUUUUUCUUAGUAAAAAUGUAUUCUGUGAUCUUUGCCUCAGAUGAUGCUUUGAAGUUCUGAUACCUGAGCCAUGAAGAAGGCAGUUGCAAAUGGAUGUUUUUAUGCAUUCUAGUUUCUUUGGCAAACUAAACAAUAGAGAAGAAAAACCUGAUUUAGUAAAAUGCCAAAAAAAUUUUCCAUCACUAUUAUACAUGAUUAUUUACCAACUUCCAACAGAAAAUACACAAAUUACUUACAGGUCCUAUAGCUAUAUAUAAUUCCAGGAUCAUAACAAAAAAUGUGGAAAUAGUUUCAAAAUAGAUCUGUUUUUUCAGACUAUUAACUUCCCCCUGAUUGAGGUUGAAGAAAGAAGUAUCUCCAUUUCACCCUAAAAGUUAACCAAUUUCUAAAGUAAGAUACCUGUAUACUUCAGUAUCAGUUUUUCCUCAGACCAAAUAAUCUGUUCAUAAUUUAACAGAAUCUGAAACAGGGAAACAUCACAAACUUUUAAAAACUACAGGUAUAUAAUAAUCUGUAUCUUCAUGUGCAAUUUCUUAUGGCAGGAAUAAACAAGGAAAAAAAUAUGAGUAAAGAAAGUGUUUAUAAAACAGUAGGAAGACAGGGCUUGUGACAUAGACAAACACAGCUUUCAGCUACACAGUGUGAUUCAUAUGUCAUCUCCAAGUGUAGAAAACUCAAAACUCAAAUAGCUGACUGUUCUGUUUUUUUUACUGGUUACUUAGUUUACUGGUGUCUUGCUGAAACUGCCUCACUUUGUUAGUGAAAUUUUUAAAGGUUAAUGUAGGUCUAUGAUCUCUGUCUCAUCUCCCUCACCUUUUUUGAAACAAAAAAAUCUGACAAGGCCCAUAAUAAUGAAGCAAUACAUAAUGUUUCCAAACCAUUUUCUUGUCUUAAUAUAGCAGUGACUUUUAAGUGGGGAGAAGGUGGGUAUGUACAGCUGAGUCAAAAUGGAAAGAGAAUGAAUGAAAACAGGAAUCAGAGAAUUGAAUGUUAGAUACCCAGUUCAAACAUCUUGGGAAAAACCCAUCAUUUUCUCAUCUAUAAAACAGGAAUACUGCUUGCUUCACACAGUUAUUAUGGACUUAAAUACAUUGUAAGGUACCACAAAAAAAAUACUAAUGAAAGAACACUGUUUUGGAAGAUACAGACUAACAAUUUAAUCAACACAAGGUUUUACUCCUUUGCUGACUGAAUCAUUAUCAUCUUUGAACAAAUGCCUACAUUUCCAACCUUAAAGGAACAAAUCCCUUUUAGAUGGCGGGCCUUUAGGGGAUUCAUAAUGUAAAAAUCCCUCUAGAAAUUCAUCCCUUAGAAAUAUGCAACGUUUUUCCUACAACUCAGGUAAAACUUGUAACAAAACUUCAGUUGUGUGCCAAUAUUUUCUGUGAAACAAAAAUGUAUUUUUCAUAGUUUUUAAAAGUUAAAUUUUAGAUAGCUUUAAUGGUUCAUCCAUAGCAACAGUAUAAAGCCCUAUCUAUAACUAUCAAUAAGAGAUUAUGGUACAAGAACAGAAUAUUGUUUGAUGGACACAUAAAAAAGCUGGUUCAAGCAAAUGACUACCUCUGUAAAGGAAAAAUAAGGAUCUUUAUGUUUUCAUCUGAAAUUGUUACCACUGGCAUCUAUUAUAUUUUCAAUAAAAAUACAAAGCCUUGAA